GGUAAGAAGCGGAUUGUUGCCGAGGACGCAUUCAGCUGUCAGAGAUAACGCCGCUCAGCCUGCUCUUACCUGGAGUUUCACCACCAUGGACUUAACCGAGGAUAGCGCUGUGGAAAUUAUCCUGUGCUGACCCACUUCGUUCACGCACUUCUCUCUCUCCCUCUCUGUCGUUGACGCCUGCUUUAAUUUCUGCCAGGUGGAGUCGACCCUGAGGAGCCAUGUCGGACAAGAUGUCCAGUUUCCUCCACAUCGGGGAUGUUUGUUCCCUGUAUGCGGAGGGCUCCACCAAUGGAUUUAUUAGCACUUUAGGGCUUGUGGAUGACCGCUGUGUGGUACAACCAGACACAGGUGACCUCAACAACCCCCCCAAGAAAUUCAGAGACUGCCUUUUCAAACUGUGCCCUAUGAACAGAUACUCCGCACAGAAACAGUUCUGGAAGGCGGCAAAACCUGGCGGCAACAGCACCACUGACACACUCCUCCUCACUAAACUUCAUCAUGCCGCUGACCUGGAGAAGAAGCAGAAUGAUUCUGAAAACCGCAAGCUGCUGGGAUCCGUCAUCCAGUAUGGAAAUGUCAUUCAGUUGCUGCACUUGAAAAGCAAUAAAUACCUGACAGUGAACAAGCGGCUACCCGCACUGUUGGAGAAGAACGCCAUGAGAGUGACUCUGGACUCCGCGGGAAACGAGGGAUCCUGGUUCUACAUCCAGCCCUUCUACAAGCUGCGAUCCCUGGGCGACAGUGUGGUGAUUGGAGAUAAAGUGGUUCUUAACCCUGUGAAUGCAGGCCAGCCUCUUCACGCCAGCAGCCACCAGCUAGUCGACAACCCCGGAUGCAAUGAGGUUAAUUCCGUUAAUUGCAACACGAGUUGGAAAGUUGUUCUGUUCAUGAAAUGGAGUGACAACAAGGAAACAAUACUCAAAGGGGGAGAUGUCGUCCGGUUGUUCCAUGCAGAGCAAGAGAAGUUCCUCACUUGUGACGACCACAGGAAGAAGCAGUAUGUUUUCCUUCGCACAACCGGCCGGCAGUCGGCCACUUCUGCCACCAGCAGCAAAGCACUGUGGGAAGUAGAGGUGGUCCACCAUGACCCAUGUAGGGGAGGUGCAGGCUACUGGAACAGCCUGUUCAGGUUUAAACACUUGGCCACAGGGUGUUAUAUGGCUGCUGAGAUGGGUGAGGUGAAUGCCGAAUUUGAGGAGGAGAGCGCUGAGCUGCGGUCCUCGGUGGUGGACUUUACACCCUUUAAUUUCCAGCUGGAUGCAGAUAAUGAAGCUUUACGAGCCCGUCUGCGAGCUCCGCAGGAGAAGAUCAUGUACACUUUGGUGCCAGUUCCCGACGGCAUGGACAUCUCCUCCAUCUUUGAGCUGGACCCCACCACUCUGAGAGGCGGAGACUCCAUGGUGCCCAGGAGCUCCUAUGUGAGGCUAAGACACUUGUGCACCAACACGUGGGUUCACAGCACCAACAACCCCAUCGACCAAGAGGAGGAGAAACCGGUUAUGUUACGGAUUGGAACAUCAGCGGUAAAAGAGGACAAGGAAGCGUUUGCCAUCGUACCAGUGCCACCAGCAGAAGUGCGUGAUUUAGACUUUGCCAAUGAUGCGAGUAAAGUGUUGGCGUCCAUCGCUGGCAAGCUUGAAAAGGGCACCAUUACCCAAAAUGAAAGAAGGUUUGUGACCAAGCUCCUGGAGGAUCUAGUAUUCUUUGUGGUGGACAUCCCCAACAGUGGGCAGGAUGUUUUGGAGAUCAUGGUGAACAAACCCAACAGAGAGAGACAGAAACUCAUGAGAGAGCAGAAUAUCCUGAAGCAGAUUUUCAAACUUCUCCAAGCCCCGUUCACAGACAGUGGCGAUGGUCCUAUGCUGCGACUGGAGGAGCUUGGAGACCAGCGCCACGCUCCAUUUAGACAUAUUUGCAGGCUGUGCUAUAGGGUGUUGAGGCAUUCCCAGCAGGAUUACAGGAAGAACCAGGAAUACAUAGCCAAGCAAUUCCGCUUCAUGCAAAAGCAGAUCGGGUAUGAUGUGCUGGCAGAAGACACAAUAACGGCUCUGCUCCACAACAACCGCAAGCUGCUGGAGAAACACAUCACUGCUGCUGAGAUAGACACAUUUGUGACCCUAGUGAGGAAGAACCGGGAGCCGAGGUUUCUGGACUACCUCUCAGAUCUUUGUGUGUCCAUGCAAAAGUCCAUCCCUGUGACACAGGAGCUCAUCUGCAACUCAGUGCUGGACCCUACCAAUGCCGACAUCCUCAUCGAAACCAAAUUGGUCCUGUCGAGGUUUGAAAUUGAGACGACGGCGAAUGGGGAUAGUCCAGUGGAGCCGGAGGAUGAAGAGGAGGUCUGGCUGUUCUGGAAAGACAAUUGUAAGGAGAUCCGGAGUAAGAGCGUCAGGGAGUUGGCUCAGGACGCCAAGGAGGGCCAGAAGGAGGACCAGGAGGUGGUCAGCUACUAUAGGUGCCAGCUGAACCUCUUUGCCCGGAUGUGUCUGGACCGUCAGUACCUGGCCAUCAACAAGAUCUCUUGUCAGCUGGAUGUGGAUUUGAUCCUGCGCUGUAUGUCGGAUGAGGACCUGCCCUUUGACUUGCGGGCGUCCUUCUGCCGUCUGAUGCUGCACAUGCACGUGGACCGUGACCCUCAGGAGCAGGUCACACCCGUCAAAUACGCCCGCCUUUGGUCUGAGAUUCCCUCUAAGAUCGCUAUUGAUGACUAUGACAACGAUGGAACCACCAGAGAUGAGAUCAAAGAGCGGUUCUGCCUCACAAUGGAUUUUGUGGAGAACUACCUGAGAGAGGUGGUGUCACAGAACAUCCCCUUCUCUGACAGGGAGAAAAACAAGCUUACCUUUGAGGUGGUGAACCUGGCACGGAACCUCAUAUACUUUGGUUUCUACAACUUCAGCGACCUGCUUCGACUGACGAAGAUCUUACUUAACAUUUUAGACUGUGUCCAUGUCAACACCAUUUAUCCAAUCAACAAGAUAGAGAAGGGAGAGGAAAACAAAGCUGGCAGUAAUGUGAUGAAGUCCAUUCACGGAGUCGGGGAGUUGAUGACCCAGGUAGUGCUGCGAGGAGGCGGCUUGUUGCCCACCACACCAACUCAUCAGCCAGAGGGAGAUGUGGCUAAGACACAGAUUGAACCGGAGAGAGAAGACAUCAUGGUCAUGGACACAAAGCUCAAGGUCAUUGAGAUCCUGCAGUUCAUUUUGAAUGUGCGGCUAGACUACAGGAUCUCCUGCCUGCUUUGCAUUUUCAAACGAGAGUUUGAUGAGAUCAACCCACAAGCGGACAAUGCUGCCAGUCAGAAUGGAAGCAAUAACAUGCCAGGAAAUCUUGACUUUGAGAACAUCGAGGAGCAGGCAGAGGGGAUUUUUGGAGGAAGUGAGGAGAACACUCCGCUAGACCUGGAUGACCACGGUGGUCGUACAUUCCUGAGGGUCCUGCUGCACCUGACCAUGCACGAUUACCCUCCUCUCGUGUCUGGAGCGCUUCACCUGCUCUUCAGACACUUUAGCCAGAGGCAGGAGGUCCUCAUGGCCUUCAAACAAGUCCAGCUGCUGGUGACCAGUCAGGAUGUGGACAACUACAAGCAGAUCAAGUCAGAUUUGGACCAGCUGCGUUCCAUUGUAGAGAAGUCUGAACUGUGGGUUUAUAAGAGGCAAGGGGAAGAUGGGAUGGACGGAGAUGGGCCUUCAGAGUCUGAGAGCAAAAACAAGGGAGACUCGCCUGCUUCAGACAAGAAGAAGUCAGAAAGCACCAGCAGUUACAACUACAGGGUUGUAAAAGAGGUUCUUCUGCGUCUCAGUAGGCUUUGUGUCCAGGAGGGGAGCUCAGGGAAGAAGAGUAGGAAACAGCAGCAGAGGCUGCUGAGGAACAUGGGAGCUCACAGUGUAGUCCUGGAGCUCCUACAGAUCCCCUAUGAGAAGGGUGAGGAUGUCCGAAUGCAGGAGAUCAUGAAACUGGCUCACGAGUUCCUGCAGAAUUUCUGCGCGGGGAAUCAGCAGAAUCAGGUUCUUCUUCACAAGCAUAUCAACUUGUUCCUCAACCCAGGGAUUCUAGAGGCAGUCACCAUGCAGCACAUCUUCAUGAAUAACUUCCAGCUGUGCAGUGAGAUCAACGAGCGAGUGGUUCAGCACUUUGUUCACUGCACCGAGACUCAUGGUCGACAUGUCCAAUAUCUCAAGUUCCUUCAAACCAUCGUGAAGGCCGAGAACAAGUUCAUAAAGAAGUGUCAGGACAUCGUCAUGGCUGAGAUGGUGAACUCGGGCGAGGACAUCCUGGUCUUCUACAACGACCGCUCCUCCUUCCAGACCCUCAUCCAGAUGAUGCGUUCAGAGCGGGACCGCAUGGAUGAGAACAGCCCCCUAAUGUACCACAUCCACCUGGUAGAACUGCUGGCUGUCUGCACUGAGGGCAAGAACGUCUACACUGAGAUCAAGUGUAACUCCCUGCUGCCCCUGGAUGAUAUCGUACGGGUCGUCACCCAUGAAGACUGCAUCCCUGAGGUGAAGAUUGCCUACAUCAACUUCCUAAACCACUGCUACGUCGACACAGAGGUGGAGAUGAAGGAGAUUUACACCUCCAACCAUAUGUGGAAGCUGUUUGAGAACUUCCUGGUGGACAUCUGUAGGGUGUGCAACAACACCAGUGACAGGAAGCAUGCGGAUACCAUCCUGGAGCGUUAUGUAACUGAGACAGUCAUGAGCAUUGUCACGUGUUUCUUUAGCUCUCCUUUCUCUGAUCAGAGCACAAGUCUGCAGACUCGUCAGCCAGUUUUUGUACAACUGCUCCAGGGAGUGUUCAGGGUGUACCACUGUAACUGGCUUAACCCGGUUCAGAAGGCCUCAGUGGAGGCUUGCAUUAAAGUACUCUCAGACGUGGCUAAAAGCAGAGCCAUUGCCAUUCCAGUGGACUUGGACAGUCAGGUGAACAACUUGUUUGUCAAGUCCAAUAAUGUUGUGCAGAAGAGCAUCCUCAGCUGGAGACUGUCUGCUAAGAACACUUUCAGGCGAGACUCCGGCCUGACCUCCUCCAAAGACUACCGAAACAUCAUUGAGAGGCUACAGGACAUAGUAUCGGCGCUGGAGGAUCGACUGAGGCCGCUGGUCCAAGCUGAGCUCUCAGUGCUGGUGGAUGUCCUGCAUCGUCCAGAGCUGCUCUUCCCUGAGAACACAGAAGCUCGCAAGAAAUGUGAAAGUGGAGGAUUCAUAUCAAAGCUGAUCAAACACACCAAGCAGCUGCUGGAAGAGAACGAGGAGCGUCUCUGCAUCAAAGUGCUGCAGACACUGAGGGAAAUGAUGACAAAAGACCGGGGCUAUGGGGAGAAGCUGAUUGCCUUUGAUGAUGAAAUGGAUGUGGCUGAGCUGGCACCUCCACCCGAGCCGGAAGUCCCUGCAGAGGAGCUUGAUCCCAACGAGCCGCAGAAGCAACUGGAGGAUCAGAGGAGGGGCGAAGCUCUGCGGCAGAUCCUUGUCAAUCGAUACUAUGGGAACGUCAAACCUGGCCUGAGGAGAGAGAGCCUCACGGCCUUCAGCACCGGGCCACUCGCUCCUGGAACGCAGGGGAAAUCACCUACAGUUGUCAGCUCCGGGGUCGGCGGUCGCGGCGAGCUGAGUUUGGCGGAGGUGCAGUGCCAUCUGGACAAAGAAGGGGCUUCCGACCUGGUUAUUGACCUCAUCAUGAAUGCUACCAGUGACCGCAUCUUCCAGGAGAGCAUCCUGUUGGCCAUCGCUUUGCUGGAGGGUGGAAACACGGUCAUCCAGCGGUCGUUCUUCGAGCGUUUGACUGGGGACAACAAGUCCGAAAAAUUCUUCAAGGUGUUUUAUGAGCGCAUGAAGCUGGCCCAGCAGGAGAUCAAAGCCACCGUGACGGUCAACACUAGUGACCUAGGAAGCAAGAAGAAGGACGAGGAGCCACCUGACAAAGACACGCCAGCGCGCAAGAAAGACGUGCUGGUGGUGGCAGUGGUGACCGAGGAGGUGAAGGAGCAGCUAGUGGAGGCCGCCAUUGUCACCAAGAAGGCCUUCACGACCUACCGCCGCGAGGCCGAAGCCGAAGAGCACCAGGCGGCUGCCGACGGCGCUCCCGCCGCGACUCCUGAUAAGGGCCAGGAGGAAGGCGAGAUGAGCGUCAUCAUCACCAUCAUGCAGCCCAUCUUGCGCCUCAUGCAGCUUCUCUGCGAGAACCACAACAGAGAGCUGCAGAACUUUCUGCGCAACCAGAACAACAAGAACAACUACAAUCUGGUGUGCGAGACUCUUCAGUUCUUGGACUGCAUCUGUGGCAGCACCACGGGCGGACUGGGGCUGCUGGGACUCUACAUCAAUGAGAAGAAUGUAGGACUCAUCAAUCAGACUGUGGAGAGCCUGACGGAGUACUGCCAAGGCCCCUGUCAUGAGAACCAGAACUGCAUCGCCACUCAUGAAUGCAAUGGAAUUGACAUCAUCAUCGCUCUCAUCCUCAAUGACAUCAACCCCCUCGGCAAGAAGAGGAUGGACCUUGUGCUGGAACUCAAAAAUAAUGCCUCAAAGCUUCUUCUUGCGAUUAUGGAGAGUCGCCAUGACAGCGAGAACGCCGAGAGGAUACUGUACAACAUGAGACCUAAGGAGCUGGUGGAAGUGAUCAAAAAGGCCUACAUGCAGGGCGAGAUCGAGGUGGAGGAGCCGCAGGAGGGCGAAGGUGCCGAGGAGGAGCACUCUGCGUCCCCACUCAACGUUGGUCACAAUAUCUACAUCUUGGCACAUCAAUUGGCCCGUCACAACAAGGAACUACAGGCUAUGUUGAAGCCGGGGGGGACAUAUGGAGAGGGUGAUGAGGCCCUGGAGUUCUACGCCAAACACACAGCUCAGAUCGAGAUCGUACGGCUAGAUCGCACCAUGGAGCAGAUAGUCUUCCCCGUGCCCAACAUCUGCGAGUUCCUCACCCAGGAGUCCAAGCUGCGUGUCUACUACACCACAGAGCGGGAUGAGCAAGGCAGUAAGAUCAAUGACUUCUUCCUGAGCUCUGAGGACCUUUUCAAUGAGAUGAAUUGGCAGAAGAAGCUGCGAGGUACCCAAGAGGAUACUGGUAACACAAACACGGUUCCCUCUCAGCCCAUCCUGUACUGGUGCUCCAGGAACAUGUCAUUCUGGAGCAGCAUCUCCUUCAACCUGGCUGUGCUCAUGAACCUGCUGGUGGCCUUCUUCUACCCUCUGGAGGGACGCCGCGGAGGUACCCUGGAGCCCCAUCUGUCUGCCCUGCUGUGGAUGGCCAUGCUGGUUUCCCUGGCGAUCGUUAUCGUCUUGCCUCAGCCUCACGGUAUCCGGGCGCUCAUUGCUUCCACCAUCCUGCGUCUGAUCUUCUCCGUCGGCCUGGAGCCCACGUUGCUUCUGCUGGGGGGUUUCAACUUGUGUAACAAGGUGAUCUUCCUGACGAGUUUCGUCGGCAACCGCGGAACCUUCACACGUGGCUACAUAGCCAUGAUCAUGGACGUGGAGUUCCUGUACCACCUGCUGUACCUGAUCAUCUGCAGCCUGGGGGUCUUCGUCCAUGUCUUCUUUUACAGCCUGCUACUUUUUGAUCUGGUUUACCGAGAAGAGACCUUGCUCAACGUGAUAAAGAGUGUGACUCGCAAUGGCCGCUCCAUUGUUCUGACAGCCGUGCUGGCUCUCAUCCUCGUCUACCUCUUCUCCAUUGUCGGCUACAUCUUCUUCAAAGACGAUUUCAUUUUGGCUGUCGACAGGAUACCCAACAAAACUCUCGAGCACGGGGCCAGCAUGGUGGGAGAGUUCUUCUCUGGAGGAGUGUGCCAGAAAGAAAACGGGGAGAACUGUUCCACAGAGGCCGUAACGGAUGCUCCGCUUACCGUCCAGCCGUCGGCGGUGGUGAUCGAGGACAAGGAGCGAUCGUGUGACUCCCUGCUCAUGUGCAUUGUCACAGUACUGAGUCACGGCCUCAGGAGUGGAGGAGGUGUUGGAGACGUCCUGCGGAAGCCAUCCAAAGAGGAGCCCCUUUUCGCAGCCAGGGUGAUCUACGACAUGCUCUUCUUCUUCAUGGUCAUCAUUAUUGUCCUCAACCUCAUCUUUGGUGUCAUCAUCGACACGUUUGCCGACCUGAGGAGCGAGAAGCAGAAAAAAGAGGAAAUCCUGAAGACGACAUGUUUUAUUUGCGGUUUGGAGAGAGACAAGUUUGACAAUAAGACAGUUACCUUCGAAGAGCACAUCAAAGUCGAGCACAACAUGUGGCACUACUUGUUCUUCAUCGUCCUGGUGAAGGUGAAGGAUUCCACAGAGUACACCGGCCCAGAGAGCUACGUGGCCGAAAUGAUCAGGGAGCACAACUUGGACUGGUUCCCCCGGAUGCGGGCCAUGUCCCUGGUCAGCAGCGAUGCGGACGGGGAGCAGAAUGAGAUCCGAAACCUGCAGGAGAAACUGGAGUCCACCAUGAAACUGGUGUCCAACCUGUCGGGCCAGCUGACGGAGCUCAAGGAACAGAUGACAGAACAGAGGAAGCAGAAGCAGCGGAUUGGCCUGCUGGGACACCCUCAGCACAUGAACGUCAACCCCCAGCAGCCUGCAUAGGGUCCGGUGACGCGGGGGCCCUUACGCAGCAGCUCACGGCAUCGGCCGUGUGGACGGACGGCGUGACGGCGUGCACAUUCCUCCCUCAGAGGUUGCACAUCAUGUAUGCUGCCCUGAGUGUAAUUCGUAACGGUAGGGAAACAAUAGGUAGUCAUAAGGCGACGUGUAGCUCUGCCCCCACGCACGCGUUACUCCGAACAGUGACGCUCACCCACCUUCUUUCUGUUCAGUCCGGUUUGGAAUUGGUGCCAAAUGUUUUCUACUUUAAAAAAAAAAACAUAAUAAUAAUAAAUAAAUUGGAUUUCUUAACACAUGGCCUUCACUGGUUGAACUUGAAACACGAUGAAGCUGACUGGACAGGAGGAUUUAGUCUCAUUUGUUUUAUUUGAAUGUUUUCUAUUUAUAUUUCUGGCAUAACGAGCAGUAUUAAAUGUCUUAUUCUUUUGUAUGUUGUCGUGCAAUAUAUUAACUUAAAGAUGCAACCUCAUUGGUGUGUGGAUUUAAGUUCCAUCGAUCAUGUCUUACUUAAAAGCGUGGGACAAUUCUUCUGUUUGUACUUUAUUGUCUCUGGAUAAAAUAGGGAGUAGUUGGUUGUCUUUACUUAUGCAAAUAUAGAGAUAAUAUUUAAUAAGCUGGCCUUCUCAAUUUUACUUUUUUUAAAUUUCUCAAUAGAGAUAGUAUAUUGUGUGAGGGCAAUAUAUACAGAUAGUUUUCUUUCACCUGUGUAAAUCUAAUGGCGUCAUGUCUCAGUUCUAACAACUUGUUUUAUUAUCAACCUGCUUUCUUAUUUAAUUGGGUUCUAUAGGACGUUUGACUUGUCGGUCAAAGAUACUGUGUAAUUUAUUCAGUAUCACACUCUCUAUUACAAUUUGAUCAGCAGUCUGUUAUUGUAAUAAACGUCAUUCGCAUAAUUUCCUAAUUAGCAGCAAACAUGUUCCAAUUGUGCCUGUUUUUUUUUUUGUCUUUGUUUAAAGUCUGAUGCAUGUUUGCUGCUUGUGCAGAGUCAAUAACAUUCAUGUUCCCUUUUCCUGAAACGUAUUAGUUGGUUUUCAUGGUACUGUUAGAAUGAUCUCCUAUUUGUUUUUUGGACUACUAUGUUUACACAAAGUUUGUUGCAUAUUUUUGCUUUUGUAUAGAAAAAUGAGAUGGUGGAAAAACAACUGUUACCCAUGAAUGUUAAGAUUAACAAAUCUAAGCACUGUCAAUUUGUAUAUUAAAGUAGGAUUAUUUAUUAAAAUGUAUGUAAUUAUCCUUUA